UUCAACUUGACGAACUUGCUUGAUUUGAUUUGUUUGAUUUUUGUAUGUGGUGAAGUGAAAUCAAACAACAAAAAAUAUUUUCAGUUUUCUAAUAAAAAGUCUUGUGUUUUAUGAUAUAUAACCAAACAGAAAUCUGGAAAUGAUACCAAUUUCUUAGAUUAACAAAGUCUGUCUAUCAUGACGUUAAAAAAUGAAGAUUUGCAAGAGCAUACUAAGAGGUUACGAUUCAAGAGUUUGACCAACGUCCAACACUGUUCCGGUGAUAUCAUUGAUAAAAGCACUAGAGAAACCCGUAGCAAAGAUGGUGCUAAAUCAGCCUCACUAUUUGCAUUUCUUCAUGUCGAACUUACACGAGGCUAUCUGCUAGAACACGAUGAGGAGAGAUUUUCCGCAAGAAGGGAGAAAGUUUAUUCCUUUUUCAAAAUUCCACAAGAACUUGAAAAGUUCAUGGUUUACGGCUUCUUUCAGUGUGCCGAUUCAAUGCUAUUUGUUUAUACGUUUCUACCAUUAAGAUUUGUCAUGGCCUUCUGGUCUUUUUUUGAUAGAUUAUUUAGACAAUGUUUUGGGUUCAAUGCACGUCCAAGAAAAAGUAUACUCAAACCAGCUGAAACAUGUGACGUACUUAAAGGAUUUAUUUUAUUAAUAUGUAGUAUUCUCAUGUGCUAUAUUGACACUAACAUGAUGUACCAUUUAGUGAAGAGUCAGAGUGUGAUGAAAUUAUAUAUUUUCUAUAAUAUGCUAGAGGUUGGAGACAGAUUGUUUUCUGCUUUUGGGCAAGAUACAAUUGAUGCACUGUUCUGGACGGCUACAGAGCCUCGUGACCGAAAGAGGGAACAUCUAGGCUUACUUCCACAUUUAAUAUUUGCUAUGGUUUAUGUCUUUCUUCACAGCUUGUUAAUAUUGUUCCAAGCUACUACACUCAAUGUAGCGUUUAAUUCCAAUAAUAAAAGUCUUCUUAUAAUAAUGAUGUCAAAUAAUUUUGUUGAACUAAAGGGAAGUGUAUUCAAAAAAUUUGACAAAAACAAUCUGUUCCAAGUAUCAUGUAGUGAUGUUAGGGAGCGUCUACAUCUGUCGGUGCUACUCUUCAUUGUGGUGCUUCAAACUAUGAAAGAGUACAUGUGGAAGGAGGAAAGAUUCUGGAUUCUGGCGCCGGACUGUGUGCUCGUUCUCACGUUUGAGGUUAUUAUAGACUGGGUGAAGCAUGCCUUUAUUACAAGGUUCAAUGAGAUACCAUACGGCGUGUACAGAGAGUACACGGUGAGCUUGGCGUACGACGUGGCGCAAACUCGGCAGAAGUACGCGUUCAGCGAUCACUCAGAUCUCGUGGCGCGGAGGAUGGGCUUCAUACCACUCCCCCUGGCUGUUGUCAUCACGAGGGUGCUGGUUCAUGCAGUUAAAGUGGAUGGGUUUGUGGCCGUGCUUCUGAUAUUGAUAGCGUAUUUAUGUCUAAUAUCAAUAAGGGUGCUAGUAUCUAUUGUGAUUCUUGGGAAAGCCUGUGAUCUGAUUGCACAACAUCAAAAUGAAAAAUGUGACAGCCACCAUGCAACACCCAAAAAGGAGCAAAAAGAUUGCAAAGAUUUAUCAUCCCCACAUAAAAUAUGCGAAGUAGAGCUGAUGGACAAAAAGCCAGCGCAGCUCAAAUUUCUCGUACCGGAAAAUGUUGCCAUGAGUGAACCAUUAGUGGACGCAUCGGUCGGCGCGGCCGCUAUUUUCUCCAAUAGUGCCAUCGACCUGAACGGCGUCUGCUAUCUCAACGACAAGAUGAACGCGCAAGUUAAACAAGAGCCUGCGGAUUAUAUCGAACCCGACUCGGACGUCAGUCGCAGCGCACCUAAUAUAAAAGCAGCUGCUUCGGCCACCGAGGAGUCAGUGGAGCGGCCACGCUCACCUGACGCGGACGGCCUCAAGCGCCGCGCCGAGUCCGAGCCCAACCUCGCCAAGAAUGACGAACAAGAGACCACGUAAUGUGUAAUAAGGAAAUGAGAAAAAGAAUGGUGUUGCGAAUGUGCCUAGAACCUUAGACGAAUCGGCGAAAUUGUAUUCUAAUGUCGAUCGACGAUUAAAAAGUCCAUAGAUAAUAAAUAAUCUCUUAAGCGUUAAGAAUAAUACUUGACCAUUCUUUAAAUAUUGAAACUCUCUAUAGAGACUAAAUAAUCAAAUUUAUGUUGUACAUGUAAAUAUAUACAUAUACAAAAUCAAUCCUUACAUCCUUCCGAUUUCUCGAAAAGAUUUUCUAGGGCAGUUAUGAGACAUGUCGUCGUUGUCAACCGAAAGAAUACUUAUUGCUUGAUAUAGUUCUUUUGUAAGGACUUCAUUGCCACUUCAACAUCGGAACUCUUUAAGCUAUUGUCGGUUGCUUAGGUUCUUCCACGGAUCUCCUUUUUUCUGAUUUGAUUAUAGUGAUCGGUAGAGUUAAUGUGAGCAUUGAUCUCCUCAUUGCUCGCAAAGUAACUGAGCUUUCUUAGUUUCUUCCGAGGCCCAUAGCUAUUGAUCAUUUAUGAAAUUUAAUUUACGAGCGUACAAUGCCCUUACUAAUAGUGCUCUACCGAGUUUUGGCUCAGUAGUUCAAGUUUAAAUCUUUAAAACUUACGUAGGUAGGUAAAGCACUAGCCUCUAGGUAGCAAAGGCUAGCUUUUUUCUAUUUUUUUAUUCAGAUCCAAGUCAGCCCUUGACUGCAAUCUCACCUGGUGGUAAGUGAUGAUGCAGUCUAAGAUGGCAGCGCAGGCUGGUCGAUUCCAGAAAAGCUGCAUCAAUCAUUGUUGGGGUUGAUUAAUUCAUGGUUAAUUCAUUCUUGUUGCUACGAUACAUUGUAGGUCGAUCGAUCAGAGGUGAUUGCGGUCGACACACUAACUGUCAACCUACCGCGGUACCACCUAUUAAACUAUCUAAAGUGACGUCUAGACUGAUAAGUGUGAGAAUUGAUAUAAAGCAGGACUAUUCCAUGUUGCCUUUUUGGUUAGAAGUCGUUAGAACAAGUGUUGUUUAAACAAUGUGGCUAAUUCUGUUGUACACAAUCUCUAAACUAAACUAAAUUGAAAAGUUUAAAUCUAUUGCUAUCCUUUUCGGCAGGAAGCAUUUUUAUGAAAGGGAUAGCAAUAUAUUUAGAACUGUCAUUUUAGUUUAGAGAUUGUGUACAACUAGCCACAAUAUUGCUCCUUAACCUAAUAUUUAUAGUGAUAUCAAAUGUUUAUUACAGAAUAUUAAAUGUUAUUUUCUAUGAUUAUAUUAUAAAUUAUUUAUUUAUACGCUUUGUAUGUUUUGUUUAAUUUAUGAUUAAGUAAAUAACGAAUGAAAUUGGAGAACGAUAUGAUAGGAUUCUAUAAAAAAAAAAUAUUGGCACAAAAUUACCUUGUGAACUAUACCUGAUGAUUUUUUAAUGUGAAAUGUUCCUAUGGAAAUAAAAAUGUAAAUUAUUGUGUA